AUGAUCUAUCGAGCAGAUGCUUAUGUUGCCACAUUUGGAUAUAUUAUUUUUGGUGUUGUUGUAGCUAUUCCAAAUUUGUAUUUCUUUAUAAAACUUGUUAAAUGUAAGAAGCUAAGAUCGAAUUAUGGUCUUAUGGUGUUCCAGUUGUUCAUCAGUUUUGCAUGUGGUGUAGUUCUUGGUCUUAAAGGUACUGUUCGUACUGUUAAAAAUUUCCUGGACAUACUUGGAGAAAUUACUUCUUCAAAAACUUGUUUAUAUCAGUCAGUUACACCACUGGAGAUAUGGAUUUAUUUCCAAUUUGCAACUAUGUUGUUAGCAAACAGCAUAGACCGACUUCUGGUCGUUUGUGACCCGUUAUUCUAUUUCGCCAAUCGGUUACGGAUAGUUAUUUUAUUGGUAUCCUUGUCUAUAGGGUCGGCAACUAUUUUGAUGAUUGCUUUAUAUGUCACUGAACUUCAUUUACCUGAUCGAAAAACAGUAAAAAUGUGUCCGUAA